AUGAAUUUUGCCGAAGAGCAGCAGCAUUCCUUUUCAGUUAGCAACAGCGAGUCUUCUUCAUGCAUAUCUCAAGAAGUGGCAGAUUCGCGGACCCCGUGGUCACUAGCUUCCUCGCGAAUGCACACUUCGGCCCGGUUGAAUCCUACAGGGGCAACACGCUCAGUUCGAGACCUUGGCACUCGUGUCUUUUAUAGAAAUUCACCCGUGGGCUCCCUUUCAGAGCGGAACCUUGCACUAGUGGAUUCUAUGAAUAGGAGUGCCCUUUCCGAAGCGAGUAUGUCUGUCAUGUCUCCACGGUCGGUGCGUGCGUUCCAGAGGAAGCCAGGCCUGUUUUCUGUCCAUAAAUAUGCGUCAGCUCUCGCUUCUUCUCUCUGUGAGGGGACCCCCAAGGAUAAGCUCACGCCUAAGAGCGUUUUGUCUAGAAUAGCGGAUAAUACCAAACGCUCCCAAGCAAACCUUGACAGAGUCUAUGCAUACACAGAUAUACCGAAGAACCCCGAAAUCACCAGCCUGACUCGCAGCAAGGAUCCAGACAUUGCCAAUAGUGUUCGCCGCUUAGAUCCAGUGAGUCGGGAGCUAGCGGAGACAGUAGCACAAAUUGCCCAUCAUGUCACGCGGGAUGAAGCUCUUGCCUUCGGUUUUGACGACGAUUCUAACGUUUAUGGACUCCACGUCAGUCACUGA